CGGCGCGUCGUGAUGCCUCCGAUCCCGUGCGAGCUCAAGUGGAUGCAGCGCGCCCUCGAGCCGCGCCACUUGCGGGGGAUGGAUGUCGGCUGCGGCGACCAGCGCCAGUGCAUCUGGCUGCCCUACCCGCACCACAUCGACCCGUGGUGCGCCGGCAUCGACUACCUCAACGACAUCGACUACCGCGACCUCCUCGCGCGGCGGCUCGUCGUCGCGCCGACCGCCGGUGCAACGCUCUCGGCGGGCGACCUGAAGCUCGCGCGCAACGGCUCGGGGCCGGCGGUGAGGCUCGCGAGCGGCGCGCCACCGCCCGACGAGCCGCAGGUGCUGCUGAUGAGGGCGCCUGCAGGCGGCACGAGCGACCCCUUCGAAGCCUGGCUGCCCCUCGGAGGCUUCAAAGGCCGGAAGUGGCAGGCGCCGCUGCCGGUCCUCGUGAACGCAGCGCUACGCGCGCCGCCGCCGGCUGGGUUCGGUGCAAGCGACGCGCAGAUGAAGAUCGUGCAAGACUGCAUGCGUAGCCUCGCUACGAGCCGUGAGUGAGUCGAAGGAUCGGGAAGGAUGUGGCCGAUGCUCGACGAGUCGAGAGACACGUGUGCGAGGAUGACUAUAAAAUCUGUCGGUUAGUUCUCGCCCUGUGAGUGAGGCGCCCCGUGGGCGGGCGUCUGUCGGUUAGUUCUCGCCCUGUGAGUGUGAGGCGCGCGGGCGUGUGGUAUUUAUUUGUGGGCAGGUUCCUGGUCG